AUGCUAGUCUACGAAGGCGCUAAUUUACUUUGCUUCUCGUCCGCUGCAGUUUCCGCAGAAAAGUCAUAUUGUGUGAAUGCUUUCUUUUUCAACCUAAAUUCUGCAAAUUAUGAAAGCACUGAACGGCAGGCAAAUUAUGGUUCCAAUACCACUGUUAAUGGUCUAGAUGCUUGUUUAGACAGUGUUGCAUCGAAGACUGAUGGAGCGAGUGAUAGUGAUUUUGAUGAACGUGAUGUUUCAGCUGAAGAUGAUGACAGUAUUCCACCAGAAGAAGAUGCUGCGGACGAAGAAGAAGUAUCAAGUCUUAUGAAAGAAAGUCAAAUGUCUCUGGAUGAACUGUUAGCUACCUAUGGAAUUUCUUCAAACACUGAUAUUCGCAGUAUAAAUACACCAGCCUCUAAAGGUAGACCGGCACGUUUAAAGGGUGGUCGGCGUACUGCUACUCCUCCUACAAUUAAUACUUCAACACAAGAGUCACUCGAAUCAAUACCUCCAACUAAGAAGUCUCGCCGUACUGCUACAACAUCUAGUGUAGAUACAGAAAACACUGAUCCUCAGACUACUCGUUCUGUUCAACGAAACAGACCAACAUCAAUAAACCAUACAAUCACCUACUCAUCGUCAUCAGAUGUUGAGGGGUUAAUCGAAAAGAAGUCGGAUGACUCACCAUUAUGCUGCCUUACUUCAUUUACACAUCCACAUUCAGUCCCUUGUUCGCACAGCGCGAGUCCAGUGUCUAUAGACGUUUCAUUCUCUGACCCAUCGUCGACUGCUCCAACUCCUAAACACUCAAGACGCCCCCCAGUGGACAACUCAUCACGUAUGUCACUUGGUCAUUCACUGAGAUCUCGUGCGAAAUCAAACUCAGCUAAUCAAAAUUCCAUUGGACUGCUGGACAAUACAAUUCCUUCGAAUACACCAUUAGAUAAACAAUCAGAGAAAGAGGAGAUGGAGACUGUACUGUCUGAUUCAGAUAGUGGGGAUGUUGCAGAAAGAGAAUGCCAGGAAAGUAGUGAUGGAAAAGCUGUAAAAGUAAAAGACGGAGAUGAUGAAGGCGAAGAAGAAGAGGCAGUGGCAGUAACAACAGAGGUGGAAGAGGGCGAGGAGGAAGAUAAUACUAAAUGUGAGAAUAAUGAAGAUUAUUCUUCGCGUUUUUGGAAGAAUGCAAUUACUGGUCAAGCAACACCAUUGUCGUAUAAUUCAGACGAAGAUGAAGACUACUGUCCAAGUGAAGACAGUGGUCAAGAUUGGAAGGGUGAAAUCAAAAUUGGUGAUGAUUAUCAAGUGAAUGUUCCCAUUCUUCUAUUAUCGGCAUCGACAUCAUCAAAUUUGCGUAACGGGAGUACAUGUGUGAGUAGUUACUCUGGCAAUGAUUUUAGCGGUUGUGCCGCUAAUGCAAGAGCUGAAAGAGUUUUUGAACAGUCAAGUCUCGUAUGGCGACCUGUUGAUAAACUCUCCGAAGCAGAUGUAAUCCGUUAUGAAAGAUUAUACGCAGAAACAAUUAUGUCAUCACUGCCUAGUGACCGGACGAUAGAUGAUGAGGAGGCUUUAUUCUUGCUAAUGCUCUGUGAUUAUGAUGUGGAAGAAGCGCUUCAACGUCUACAACUAAAAGCUGUACAACCUACAGAAGUACCUGGUUAUUUAGAAUCAUGGUCAGAAGCUGAUUGUACUGCGUUUGAGAAAAGUUUCGCUUUGUAUGGAAAAGAUUUUAGACAAAUACGUGACACUCGUCUACGGCAUAAAACUGUAUCUGAAGUGAUACAUUUUUAUUAUCUUUGGAAGAAGACAGCUCGUCAUGAUGGAUUUGCACGAAUAUAUCGAAGGGAUAAAAAGAAAUCAUCACAUCCUAAUAUCACUGAUUUUAUGGAUUGUUUAGCUACGGAACAAGAAAUUCUCGCUGAAUCGUAUAUGCAAAAUGUUAGUGAUAUGCCUGUUAUGCCCUCGUCGUCAACAGUAACACCGACACCAACAAUGACAACAUCUAAUAGUGAUGCUAAUCCUAUUACAAAUAAAUUUCAUCCUAUUGCACCAGAUAAUGAUGCUGUACUUUUGACAUCUAACUGUCAGUUAGAUAUAUCCAGUGGAGGACAAAAGGUGAAAGCAGUUUCAACAAAUUGUGAUGAUACCGAUUCACCUCUUGGUCGUCUCAAAGGAUCAUUAGUAGACAGUGAUGCCAGUUCAUUGAACAAAAUCCCAUCGUCUCCGUCAACUGAACAUGAGGUAGCACCAACAUCGUCCAGUAGUAGCUUGAAUACUACUCCAGUUAGUCGAUCCAAAAUGAAAUCAGCUAUUGGUGGGCCUACAUCCACGCCGCCUGUUGUACCUACUACUACCACUACUACUAAUAAUAAUGAUAAUUGUUCUGUCAAUGAAGUUUGUGGUUAUACUAUGAUGAAACAAUCAGAUCAUCAGUUAACUAUUAAUUCUGCUGCGUCUACCCGAUCUACACGUACGUCAUCAAGUUCGUCAACAGCAAUUGUUUAG